GAUAACAUGUUUUGGAGCGGUAGGGAGGACUGGGGGCUAAACAUUGUUGGAUAUUUAGCGUUUUCCCCUAAAUCUCGAAUUAUGAAAUCCAGUAACUGAUCAACUGUUUCCUAGUUAUUAUGCAAUUGAAAUGAAAUGUAAUUGCUGCAGUAGGGACAUGAGGCAUCUUGACUGGGAAUGUUAUUCACGUCCACAGAAGUUGAGAAGUCAUUACAAUAAGGGCAGCACAGCUGUUAGCUCUUAUCUUAAAUAUGCCAAUAUGCAUGAGCCAUUCCUCAACUGUAAGGAGCAUGAUUCUCUAGCAUUUUUUUAAUCUGAGAUGACUAGUCCUUGAUCUUAAGAGCUACCAAGAUUUUUGCCAGAUUUCAGCAUUACAAUGUAAUAAGGUUGUCAGACUGUCGCUCAUUUUUACCUAGUAAAUGCUUGAAUCUCCUCCUUACUGUUUCUCAAGUCCUUUUGUUCUUUGGAUUCUAAAACUCCACUGUUACAGACUUACAGUGAAGAUCAUGAAUUUGAUUGAGUGUUCCAUUCCUCCUUCGUAUAUUGACCAACAAUCGAGUGCUUAUAUUGUUACAUGUAUUUUAUGUGGAGCAUUAUCACAAGUAUAGGGGUAUUAUCCAAACAAAUUUUCUGUUCUGUAAUUGUUGUCAAUUUUGCAUUCAACAGAUUGGUUCGCCGUCAGGGAACUCUUAUUUUUUUUCUUUCGAGACCACAACCAUCUGAUUCUCCUCCAAAGGAGGCAGCACCUAGCAUUGGGCCCCAAGCACCACCUCCACAGGAGAACUCAACUUCAGCAGGACAAUCAAGAGAUUUUUUCAGAGAUGCUAUUAAUACCUUAGGAAUAGGCUAUGUCAAGAAAGAUGAUAAUUCGGCAAAUAUUCCUCCUCAGCAAGUAAAGAAAGUGGAUAUUCUUUCCCUAGGUUUGCCUAGGUUAAGCACAGAACUGUCUGAUGAUGACAUAAGAGAAACAGCUUAUGAGGUGCUUCUCGCUUCUCUAUUUUUCAGUGGAAAAGUGCACUUCUCUGAAGAGAAAAGGGAAAAGAAGCGCAAAUUCUUGAAGGGUCUGAGAACAAAGACAGAAGGAUCAAAUUCAUCACCUCAGGUGGAAGAUGGCUAUGCCCACAUUCUUGAUUUGAUCCGAGUACAAAUGGAGAUUUCAGAAUCUAUGGACGCAUUGACUAAACGAGCUUUAAGACAUAUUAAUUUGAAGAUGGUGAAAGGACAGCUUGAUGUGCCUCGUAUAUCAUUACAACUCUUAAGUUCUGUUGGCAAACUUGAUUUUCCAACCGAAAGACUGUGUGUGCAAUGGCAAAAAAAGACAGGCAAAUGUUCUUGAAGAAUUACUUCUAUUCUCAACAUCCCUUGAGUAUGAUAUGAGUGAAACAUUGCGGAUUGUUCUCUCUAAGCUAAAAGA